GGAGUGAAGCCAAUUUCAUCUCUUCAAGCAGCACAGGCACUAUUUCAGCGCAUCAAGUGCCCAUGUCUGCUGCUGGAAGCAAAAGAUCUUCUUUUUCUCUCGAGCGAUCAAGGAGAUACAUUUCUUGUGGUGACAACCACGGCAUUGAGCCACAAAACCGAGAGCAGUACUUGAGUCAUCUGCAGCAGAAAGAAGUUACAGUACAGCAUUUGAAAACAAAGCUGAAGGAGUCUGAGAGCAAACUUCAAGAAAGGGAAACAGAAAUAGAAGAGCUCAAGGCUCAGCUGGCACGGAUGAAGGAAGACUGGGUUGAGGAAGAGUGUAAGCAUGUGGAGCUGGAGCUGCACUUCUGGGAAGCGAGAAGGGAAAGCCACGAACUCCAGCAGGCUGUUGAAAGCAUGAGAAACAGCUUGGCUGAGAAAGAGAAAAAAUUUCAGAAAUACUUCAUAGACAUAAGCAUUGCAAACAAGAAGCUGGAAGCUUUGCUGCAGGGCAUGGGGAUGGCUCAGAAGAGCUCUGUGAGAGAUGAGCAGUGCCUGGAGUCCAUGUGGGACUCAGAGGGGAAGUCAUUAGCAUUGUGUGCCACGAUGCCAGGCAGCCUCACCACGGAGGACCAAGCUCUGGAGGAGGUGGCAGGCAGUGGGCUGCUUCUUAAUGAGGACACCGCUAACGGGACUGAUUCAUUUGAAGAGCAUUUGACCGCCACAACUUCUGGGUUGAGUGAACCAGCUCCCUCCAGUUCUUCUGAGUAUCAAGAGAUGCUUGAAAAUGUUCUGGAUGAAAAACAAACUUCUUCUCAGGAGGAGGAGAAAAUCAGCAAGGUGGUGGUGGAACAGGCCAUCCCGACUGACCUGGUGCCAUAAAGCCUAGAUGUGGAGUAGCUCAUUCAGAACAUCUUCAGAGCUCGAGACUCCUGGCCUCUAAUCCCACCUGCUUCACUGAAGGAAUUGGGUGAAAUUUCUCUUGGAAGCGUCCAUGAUUCUGCUACCCUAGUGGACUUAACUCCGAGUGAUCCAAACUCUGCCGUCCUCUUGUCUCCUAUGGAGUCUCCAUGCAGGAAGGUGGAACACAGGGUUAAUAAAAACUGUUUUGUGAAAGAACUUGAUUUUGCAGAACCUCAUCAUGCUGAAGCUUUUGGCUAUGUUAAUACCCUCUCUCAGACAGCUUGA